UUGCACUUGCUCUAAAGAUUAAACAAACACGAAGAAGAAACUAAAAUUUUCUGUCAUGUAUAUACUUGUUUCAUACACUAUUAGAUCUCUACAUACUUUUUAAUUUAAUCCUCAAGGAAAAUCCCUGGAACAACGUUUUAAGGCUAGGAUGCUGAGAAACUUCUCCAUGGUGACAGAGUUCGUCUUCUUGGGUCUGACUGAUCUCCGGGAAUUAGAGCUCCUCUGCUUCCUGGUGUUCCUGGCUGUUUAUGUGGUCACAGUGGUGGGAAACGGCGGCAUGGUCGUCCUCAUCCUGGUUACUGCCCGGCUCCACACACCCAUGUACUUCUUCCUCUGCCACUUAUCCCUCGUGGAUCUCUGCUUCUCCUCCAAUGUGACCCCGAAGAUGCUGGAAGUUUUCCUUUCAGACAGGAAAACCAUUUCCUACCCUGCCUGUCUGGCACAGUGUUACUUUUUCAUCUCCUUGGCGCACGUGGAGAUGUAUCUCCUGGCCGUGAUGGCCUUCGACAGGUACAUGGCCAUUGGGCGCCCACUGCUCUAUGGCAGCAAGAUGUCCAAGCACAUGUGCACGGCGCUCGUCCUGUGGCCUUACGUAUAUGGGGGGCUCACGGGCCUCAUGGAGACCAUGUGGACCUACAGCCUGGCCUUCUGUGGCCCCAAUGAAAUCAACCACUUCUACUGUGCUGACCCCCCUCUCAUUAAGCUGGCCUGCUCUGACACCUCCAAGAAGGAAAUGUCCAUGUUUGUCGUGGCCGGAUGCAACCUUUCCUUCUCUCUCUUCAUCAUUCUUCUUUCCUACCUUUAUAUUUUUCGUGCCAUCCUGAGGAUCCAUUCCACAGCAGGCAGACGCAAAGCCUUCUCCACCUGUGUCUCCCACAUGACAGCUGUCACCAUAUUCUAUGUGACACUCUUUGUCAUGUAUCUGAGGCCCCCAUCAGAGGAAUCCGUGGAGCAAGGGAAAACAGUGGCUGUAUUUUACACCACCGUGAUUCCCAUGUUAAACCCUAUGAUUUACAGCCUUAGAAAUAAAGAGGUGAAAGAAGCCUUGGUCAAUCAGCUUUCAAGGAAGAAAACAUUUUCCUAAAACAAGUCAUUUUUCUUUUCACCUCAAAUGUUUUUCUUGACAUGUUUUUUUAUUGGGGACAUGGCCUAGAUCCCCAAUCUUCCAAACAAGCGUAUGUGAAGGCUUAAGUGAGAAAAGUGGUGUGAUUUUUAGGGCUCCAGGAGGAUCAAAUCCCUCUGCAGAGUUUGAGACACUAUGGGCUGAGACAGGGAAUGUCUCUGGGCAGCCCGUAUUUAUGUAGUAUUCAAACAAGGAAAAGAUUAGAGUGAAAAAUGCAGGGAACCUAAGCAGGACUCUGGGAGGAUUCAAGGACCCCUCUAAGCAACAGACUAUGUUAAUUGAGGAGAACUGUCCUAGGAGAAAAUCUCCAGGUGAAUCCUUCUGCACGAGUUAAAUGCCUGCAGCCACAAUCUCCAUCCUGCAACUUGGGGUUGGAGCCAGGUGUCCUCAGCUGUGGCCUAUCUUGCCCCCUGAGGUACCUCCUUGUUCCCAGUUCAGCCAUGCCACAGCCCUGCAUGUGUAUUCAGCUUCAGUCUCCAACAGUUUUUUAACUAGGAGGACAGAACUGAUGAUGAAUGAGGAAGGUAGUACAACCCUAGACAAAACGAAGUUAUGUCUAAAAG